AUGCCUCGCGACGACGAUUGUUUUGAUGUUUCCAAUCUUUUUCUCAGUGUUGUAAGCCACUAUAGGGACUGGUGUUAUGCAUUUUCUUUACUCGUUGACUCAUACGCAUUCUGUAAUCAGGGAGCUGAAGUCAUGGAGUCGGCGAUUGGGGGUCUACGACUCCUCACACUCAAAACGCUGGUGGUUUUAAGGCAGAACAACGAUAUCUGCUCUUCCUCCUCGAAAGGUCAAUUCUGGGGUUUCGAAACUAUAGGGAUCAAGUUAGAGGUUGAAGAUCAGAAAUCGAAGGUUGAAGGUCAGAUUUGGGAUUAG